UGGGAGCCUUGACGUUAGGAACGAAGUCGAGCCUGGAUCUGGAGCCGGGUGAGACCAAGUUGGGGAUGCUCUCAUAAUGAACGUCAACCAGUCAGCUCCACCUGUGCCACCGUUUGGGCAGCCCCAGCCUGUCUACCCAGGGUAUCAUCAAUCCAGCUAUGGUGGGCAACCAGGGUCCACAGCCCCUCCCAACUCAUAUGGAGCCUACAAUGGGCCAGUACCAGGCUAUCAGCAAGCACCUCCCCCAGGUAUGUCAAGAGCUCCACCUUCUUCAGGGGCCCCUCCAGCCUCAACAGCACAGGCCUCUUGUGGCCAGGGUGCAUAUGGCCAGUUUGGCCAAGGAGAUGUACAGAAUGGGCCUAGCUCCACUGUUCAAAUGCAAAGGCUCCCUGGGUCUCAGCCAUUUGGGUCAGCCCCAUUGGCCCCUGUGGUCAGCCAGCCAACUGUGCUUCAGCCGUAUGGCCCUCCCCCAACAAGUGCACAGGUGACUGCUCAGCUGGCUGGAAUGCAGAUCAGUGGUGCUGCGACCCCAGCCCCUCCCCCUUCAGGGUUGGGCUAUGGCCCACCAACAUCACUGGCCUCAGCCUCAGGAAGUUUCCCUAACUCUGGUCUGUAUGGUUCCUAUCCUCAAGGCCAGGCUCCUCCCCUUAGCCAGGCCCAAGGUCAUUCUGGGGCCCAGCCUCCCCAGCGAUCUGCCCCACAGCAGGCCUCCAGCUUCACACCCCAAGCUUCAGGGGGUCCUCGGAUGCCUUCGAUGACUGGUCCACCCCUGUCUGGACAGAGUUUUGGGGGACCCCCAGUGAACCAGCCCAACCAUGUGUCCUCACCUCCUCCUCAAACUCUGCACCCUGGUACCCAGAUGGCUGGGCCCCCAGGACCACCGCCCCCUAUGCACUCCUCCCAGCAGCCAGGCUAUCAGCUACAACAAAAUGGUUCCUUUGGACCACCCCGGGGCCCUCAGCCCAAUUAUGGAAGUCCCUACCCAGGAGCACCCACUUUUGGCAAUCAACCUGGGCCUCCUCAGCCACUGCCUCCUAAGCGCCUGGAUCCUGAUGCCAUCCCUAGCCCGAUUCAGGUUAUUGAGGAUGACAGGAACAACCGGGGUUCAGAGCCAUUUGUUACUGGAGUACGGGGCCAGGUGCCACCCUUAGUUACCACCAACUUCCUAGUGAAAGACCAAGGAAAUGCAAGUCCCCGAUACAUUCGAUGCACAUCCUAUAAUAUACCUUGCACAUCUGACAUGGCUAAGCAGGCUCAGGUGCCCCUGGCAGCUGUCAUCAAGCCGUUGGCAAGGCUGCCCCCAGAAGAGGCUUCACCGUAUGUUGUCGACCAUGGGGAAUCUGGCCCUUUGCGCUGCAAUCGCUGCAAAGCAUACAUGUGCCCUUUCAUGCAGUUCAUUGAGGGAGGGAGGCGCUUCCAGUGCUGUUUUUGCAGCUGUAUCAAUGAUGUUCCCCCCCAGUAUUUUCAACAUCUGGAUCAUACCGGCAAACGUGUGGAUGCUUAUGACCGUCCUGAGCUAUCCCUGGGCUCUUAUGAAUUCUUGGCCACUGUAGAUUACUGCAAGAACAAUAAGUUCCCCAGCCCUCCUGCCUUCAUCUUCAUGAUUGAUGUCUCCUACAAUGCCAUCAGGAGUGGUCUUGUUAGGCUCCUCUGUGAGGAGCUCAAGUCACUGUUAGACUUUCUACCUAGGGAGAGUGGAGCAGAAGAGUCAGCAAUCCGAGUUGGGUUUGUCACCUAUAAUAAGGUGCUCCACUUCUACAAUGUGAAGAGCUCAUUGGCCCAGCCACAGAUGAUGGUUGUAUCUGAUGUGGCUGACAUGUUUGUGCCACUACUGGAUGGCUUCCUGGUCAAUGUCAAUGAGUCUCGGGCAGUCAUCACCAGCUUAUUGGAUCAGAUUCCAGAAAUGUUUGCAGACACAAGAGAGACAGAGACAGUAUUUGCCCCAGUUAUCCAGGCUGGGAUGGAGGCACUGAAGGCUGCCGAAUGUGCAGGGAAGCUGUUUCUAUUCCACACCUCCCUGCCCAUUGCAGAGGCCCCAGGGAAACUGAAGAAUAGAGAUGACAGGAAGUUGAUCAACACAGACAAGGAGAAGACUCUGUUCCAGCCUCAGACAGGUGCUUAUCAGACCCUGGCCAAAGAGUGUGUGGCCCAAGGUUGCUGUGUAGACCUCUUCCUCUUCCCUAACCAGUAUGUGGAUGUGGCCACGCUCUCUGUUGUACCCCAGCUCACUGGUGGCUCUGUCUACAAAUAUGCUUGCUUUCAGGUAGAGAAUGACCAGGAGCGGUUCAUGAGUGAUCUGCGUCGGGAUGUACAGAAGGUUGUUGGCUUUGAUGCUGUGAUGCGAGUCCGGACGAGCACCGGUAUUCGUGCUGUAGAUUUCUUUGGGGCUUUCUACAUGAGCAAUACAACAGAUGUGGAGCUGGCUGGACUGGAUGGAGACAAGACGGUGACCGUGGAAUUCAAGCAUGAUGAUCGGCUUAAUGAAGAGAGUGGAGCCCUCCUGCAGUGUGCUCUGCUCUAUACCAGCUGUGCAGGGCAGCGACGGCUCCGCAUACACAACUUGGCCCUGAACUGCUGCACCCAGCUAGCUGAUCUGUAUCGAAACUGUGAGACUGACACACUCAUCAACUACAUGGCCAAGUUUGCAUACCGGGGAGUCUUGAACAGCCCUGUGAAGACUGUUCGUGACACUCUUAUCACCCAGUGUGCCCAGAUCCUGGCUUGUUACAGAAAGAACUGUGCCAGUCCCUCCUCUGCAGGACAGUUGAUCCUUCCUGAGUGCAUGAAGCUACUCCCAGUUUACCUGAACUGUGUGUUGAAGAGUGAUGUCCUGCAGCCUGGAGCUGAAGUCACUACUGAUGACCGUGCCUAUGUCCGACAGCUGGUUACCUCCAUGGACGUGGCUGAGACCAAUGUCUUCUUCUAUCCUCGGCUCCUACCUUUGACAAAGUCUCCCAUUGAGAGUACCACUGAACCACCAGCAAUUAGAGCAUCAGAAGAGCGUCUAAGCAACGGGGAUAUAUAUUUGUUGGAGAAUGGGCUCAACCUUUUCAUCUGGGUGGGAGCAGGUGUCCAACAGGGUGUUGUCCAGAGUCUUUUCAGUGUCUCCUCCUUCAGUCAGAUCACCAGUGGCUUGAGUAUUCUGCCAGUUCUGGAUAAUCCGCUGUCCAAGAAGGUGCGAGGCCUCAUUGAUAGCUUAAGGGCACAGAGAUCGCGGUACAUGAAGCUUAUCGUGGUGAAACAGGAGGACAAGCUGGAGAUGCUGUUCAAACACUUCCUGGUGGAAGACAAGAGCCUGAGUGGGGGAGCAUCCUAUGUGGACUUUCUCUGUCAUAUGCACAAGGAGAUUCGGCAGCUACUGAGCUAGAGCAAGUGGGUAAAUGGCAUAGGUUCCCAGGCCAGCUUCCAGAAAGUACCCCAGGGUAGCAGGGAAACCAGGACAGUUCCAUAUCUUAUAAGUCAUGUAAGCUGACCUCAGUCUAUUUGGGGGGAGGGAGAGGUAUAAAGAGACACCUUCUUUCUGGGCUCAAGUAUCUCCUACUCUGUCAUGUCCUGCUGAUGGAAGGUGCCCCUAUCUCCUCACUUUGCCCUUCUUUUCCUGCUAAUCCUGUUGUAAUGAAUGUAGUUUCUAAGUUCACUGUAUAUGAUUUGGUGUUGGGGGAUUUGGAGGCACCCAGACCCUGGGCGAUAUCAUGUCCCUUUGUACCAACCUCCAAGAAGAGGGAACAGGCAGGAAAGAGCAGGGAUCCCAGGGUUACUAUGGCUGGAGAGGCUAAUUCAGCUCAGUGCCAUCAACAACUUCCUAUAUUAGGGAUAAAACAUACAGAUGCACAAGAGCUGGGGUAUAGACCUUAGGUAGUGGAGAGAAAAUUGGUUGGUCCUUCUUGGGCCUGGAAGUCAGCAGCCAAGUCAAAAUUAUUGAGGGUGGUUGAUUAGCUUUCUCAGCUUCCACUGCUUUUGUUCUCCUGCAAUGAUUGAUCACUCCGUCGAUAGAGGCAAGUUGUCAGAGGUGAAUGAGCCUGGGAACUGAGUUGCAAAGUAUAUUAACACCUGGGAGAGAGGUACCAGCCUCCUUUCCAGCUGGAGAAGCCCCAGCACUGGAUGGUUCUGUAGGAAGCUCGGUAAUCAACUUGCAAUACCUCACAGAGCCAGCCCACAUCCCACUCUGAGCUCCCACUGGAAACUGCUUCUCCAAGCUGGGGGUUGUUGGGGAGAGAGACAGAGGUGGCCAGAGCUCUGUUCUCUCCUCCCGGGACACCACUCGGGCUUUCGUAUUGAUAGAGUGGCUGACAGUUAUCUUCCAACCCGAACUGGCUGGAGCAGGACAAGGGCUAGGUUUGAUGUUGGCCAGAAUUGCCUGCUCCCAGCCUGCGAUGCCCCUGCUCUGGACCUCUCAUUCUCUUCAUUGGUUUAUUUUUCAAUGCAUCUUUAAUUUGUAAAGAAAUAAACUAAAUUAAGAUGUAA